AUGGAUGCCCCUAUCCAGCUCUCGCUUCCUUUGCCGCGAUCCCUGGGCACGCGCAUCUACAUGCAAUUGACAGUCAAGUCCAAGGCCGUUGUAAUUUUCCUCACAACAGCUUCGGCUGAAGAGGCCACAUCACCCACUCCGCUGGGGUCAUUUGUUUAUGCGCUGCCGGAUAGAUACAAUCCGACACAGCCUUUGUCAACACCUCUUUGUACGGUUGAACCUACGUUGGAGUUUACCACCCGACUGGCAAAGCUGAUCACAAGGAGGACGCAACUGCCUACCUACGUGGGCAACUCGGUGAGCUUUGCCAGCGCUGGCCUUGGCGGGACCGUUGAAGAGGAGAUGGAAGCUUUCGAACAGGUGGCCGAGCUUGUCCUGUCCAAACUCAAGUCUGCCAACGCGACGCCCAAUGGGGUCCAGUCCUGA